UGCUCUCUCUCGCUCCAACGUUCAUCACAUCGAGCCCCGCAUCGAUAGCAGAAUGCCCACCGCGCCCCUCGACCCCAAGGCUGUUCUCGAGGUCGACGGCUACCUCGAGCCCAACGUACCCGCGAUCGUGCACAGGCACGACCUGUACCGGCAGUGGAAGGACAGGAUCGACGAGCACGAAGGCGGCUACGAGGGCUUCUCGAAGGGCUUCAACAAGUUCGGGCUCAAUGUGAGGGAGAAUGGGGACGUGGUGUACCGCGAGUGGGCGCCCAACGCGACGGAGGCGUACCUCAUCGGGGAGUUCAACGACUGGAACCGCAUCAGUCACCCCAUGAAGAAGGACAACUAUGGCGUCUGGGAGGUUACGGUCCCCGCGAAGGACGGUGUCUGCGCUAUCCCGCACGACUCAAAGCUCAAGAUCUCGCUGAUUCUGCCCCAUGGGGAGCGCAUUGAGCGUAUCCCAGCCUGGAUCAAGCGCGUCACGCAGGACCUCAAUGUCUCCCCCGUCUACGAGGCGCGCUUCUGGAACCCGCCCGAGUCGCAGAAGUACAAGUUCAAGAACUCGCGACCUCCCAAGGCAGACAAUGUGCGCGUAUACGAGGCGCAUGUUGGCAUCUCCACUCCCGAUGGACGAGUGGGGACGUACAAGGAGUUCACACAGAACAUCCUUCCCCGCAUCGCCGAUCUGGGCUAUAAUGUCAUCCAGCUGAUGGCCGUCAUGGAGCACGCGUACUAUGCCUCGUUCGGAUACCAGGUCACCAACUUCUUUGCUGCUAGUUCCCGGUAUGGCACGCCCGAGGAGCUCAAGGAACUCGUCGAUACCGCUCAUGGCAUGGGCCUGACCGUCCUCCUUGACGUGGUCCACUCCCACGCAUGCAAGAACGUCCUGGACGGUCUCAACGAGCUCGACGGCACCGAUCACCUCUAUUUCCACGGUGGUCCGAAGGGCAAGCACGAGCUUUGGGACAGCCGUCUGUUCAACUAUGGCUCUUACGAAGUCCUGCGCUUCCUUCUCAGCAACCUGCGGUUCUGGCUGGAGGAAUACCAGUUCGACGGCUUCCGCUUUGAUGGUGUGACGAGCAUGAUGUACAAGCAUCAUGGUAUUGGCACUGGUUUCUCUGGCGGGUACCACGAGUACUUUGGUGAUUCUCAGGACGUCGAGGCCGUUGUUUACCUCAUGCUGGCUAACGACGCAGUCCACUCCAUGUUCCCGACUGCACUCACCAUCGCCGAGGAUGUCUCUGGCAUGCCCUUGCUCUGCAUCCCCGUCGACAAGGGCGGCGUCGGCUUCGACUACCGUCUCUCCAUGGCCGUCCCGGGACAUCACAAGGCGGACGACGAAUGGGACAUUGGCAACAUCGUGCACACCUUGACGAACCGCCGCCAUGGGGAGAAGAGCAUCGCAUAUGCGGAGAGCCACGACCAGGCGCUGGUCGGCGAUAAGACGUUGGCGUUUUGGUUGAUGGACAAAGAGAUGUACACGCAUAUGUCGGACUUGACGCCUAUGACGCCGGUCAUUGCUCGUGGGCUUGCGUUGCACAAGAUGAUCAGGCUCAUCACCCACUCACUGGGUGGAGAAGGCUACCUGAACUUCGAGGGGAACGAGUUCGGACAUCCCGAGUGGCUCGACUUCCCUCGCGAAGGCAAUGGCAACUCCUUCCACUAUGCUCGCCGGCAGUGGAACGUUGUUGACGACCCGCUCUUGCGCUACCGGUACCUCAACAACUUCGACCGUGCCAUGAACCGCGCCGCCGGAAAGUACCGCUGGCUCGAGGCGCCACAGGCCUACGUUUCCCUCAAGCACGAGGGCGACAAGGUCAUCGUUUAUGAGCGCGCCGGCCUUGUCUUCAUCUUCAACUUCCACCCCACCCAGAGCUUCUCUGACUACCGCAUCGGCGUCGAGGACGCGGGCGAGUACCACGCCGUGCUAAGCAGCGACGAGAAGGACUUUGGCGGGUUUGAGAACAUCUCGAUGGGCACGACGUACCACACCACGCCGAUCGAGUGGAAUGGAAGGAAGAACUGGAUGCAUGUCUAUAUUCCGUCGAGGACGUGCUUGGUGUUGGCGAAGUGAAGAAUCCGAAGCCGCAAGAUUCCGAGAAGUGCAAGACACAGUAGACGAACACAGGGCGAACAGUGGUAGUAUAAAGUGGAAUGUACAAGUACAUGUCGUGUUGAUAUGCAUAUGGCCUCUCGAAGGCUUGCACGUUGCAUCCUGCAGGCCUGCGCGCUGCAACAGUGUUCUUCGCUGAGGUCUGGGCUCGCUCAGGACGUCCCGACGGCACAGGUUGCGUGCGAUGAGCUGCGCCUGUGGCGGUUUCGCGUGACGUAGAUAAAUAUCCGAGAAGUCGCCAUCUCGACAUUACUUACUCGCCACUUGUCCUUCCCCA